AUGGAGGACAGCUCGAAAACGUUGCGGCUCGACGAUUCGGUCACGCUGCACUUCUGCGAAGAGCCGGCCGCCCAGAUACCCAACGAGUGCAAGGGGCGCAGAGGCAUUCUACGGGUCAUAGAUCAAAAUAAAGCUGAAAUGUACGCGUGGACACUACUGGCGGCCCUUUUUGCCUUGACCCUGGCGAACCCGUUGCCGAAUGCGGAUUACGACGGCUUCCAGGGCAUCUUCGACUCCACCGAGCAAUUCUGCGAGCACAUGAUGAGAGAGACAUUCGGCGCCGACGUCGUGAAGCACCCCGGUUUUGCCGCCCAUAUGGACACGCAGGGGCUGAAGACGCGCUUCUGCGACGAGGCCGAUCAAGCCGUACAGUGCGCCUCGGGCAGCGCGUCAGGCUCGGUGCACUUUGACCUGGUGGGCGACGAGUGCCUCACCCAAUUCGACGCCGAUUGGCGGGACACCGUCGUCGAGUUGAAGAAGAAAUUCGGCAAGUCUCCC